GCGACGAUGAGCUCCUCCACAGAGCAGCCGUUCACCCUCUCGGUGCCCGACGCGGACCUCAACUUUCUCCGCAAGAAGCUCGAGCUCGUCCGUCUCCCAGACGAGCUCGAUGGCGCAGGUUGGGACUACGGCGUACCCCUCGCCGACAUAAAGCGCCUCGUCGCGCACUGGAAGGACGGGUUCGACUGGCGCAAGGCGGAGGCCGAGAUUAACAAGCUACCGAUGUUCACGCGCGACAUCGAGGUAGAGGGGUUCGGGACGCUCAACAUCCACUACGUCCACCAAAAGAGCGAGGUCAAGAACGCUAUCCCUCUUCUCUUCGUCCAUGGCUGGCCGGGUGAUUUCCUUGAGGUCAGGAAGAUCUUACCCCUCUUGACUGCGAAGAGCGCAGAUCAGCCUAGCUUUCACGUCGUUGCGCUCGACCUGCCCGGCUUCGGCUUCUCGGACGCACCCACGAAACCGGGCUUCGCUGGCCGCCAGUACGCCGAGCUUGUCAACAACCUCAUGAUCUCUCUUGGCUAUAACGAGUAUGUCUAUCAGGGUGGAGACUGGGGACACCCCGUCGGCCUCCACACUGUGACACACUUCGGGCACAAGCACGUAAAAGCGUGGCAUUCCAAUAUGCCAGACUCCCGCGACCCAACACUGUUCUCGAGCCCGUUGCUAUACCUGAAGAGGUAUACCACCCUCCGCUUCGAUAAAGACGCGCAGAAGGGGUUACGGAACACGGCGGAGUUCUACCAGAAGGGACGGGGCUACGCUAUCGAGCACUGCACGAAGCCGCAAACGCUCGGGUACAACUUGGCGGAUUCGCCUGUCGGUCUUCUGGCUUGGAUAUAUGAGAAGCUUGUUGGCUGGACGGAUAAGUAUCCUUGGACGGACGAUGAAGUGCUUGAGUGGAUCUCGGUCUACUGGUUUUCGAAACAGGGCCCUGCUGCGUCUAUCAGGAUCUACUACGAGAUGACUGGCGGCGGCACGCACGACGUGUUUGAGGGCGCGAAGCGGACAACCGUCCCGUUCGGCACGUCCUACUUCCCGGGCGACAUAUUCUCUCUUCCUAAAUCGUGGGCGAGCAUACUCGGAAAGGUGGUGUUCCAGGCCGUGCACGACAAGGGCGGGCAUUUCGCGGCGUUCGAGAUGCCGGAGGUGCUGGCGGGGGACUUGCGCAAGAUGUAUGGCAAGGACGGGCCUGCAUAUGGGGUCGUUCCUGGCAAGAAUGGGUACGAUUGAGACCGAGAAGUACCUUGAGUUGUCGUAUUGUAUUUGUUUGGAUAUACCGAGACCACUUUCCC